CUUCGUCACGAGCUUCGCGCCAUUUGCGAGACAACAAGAUGGCGGGGGAUACGGAGAAAUUUGAUGAUAUGUUUUUUGGAAUACUUCAAAACUGUGAACAGAUAGAACCGUUCCUAGACGCGGUGUUUUGCUUCCUUGCACGAAGGACAGAUUUUUUUCACAUAAUGAAAAGCAAGACCGACAAAAUGGGCUUUCCUGCCGGAGUGGCCGAAAAAAUUUUACUUCAAAUUUUCAAAAAAUACCAAAAGAUAGUCGUUAGGAGACAAAACGAAGAGGAGUUGAAGAAAAAGGAAAGCGAGACUCCAGUCCAGGCUAAUGAGAUACCAGCUGCUUUGUCUACGAUUGAUGUUGAGACAAGUAAUAACACAACAAAAGAUGGCAAAAACAGUGAGAGGUACCCAGAACAAGGAGCAGACUUCCAGGAGCCAUCAAAGAUAUCAGAUUGCUUUAAUGGAGCAAUGUUAGAUAACUAUAUGUGGUCACAGACAGGGACUGAUGUUGAUGUUAGGGUGCCUGUGGAUCGAAGCAUCAAAGGAAAGGAUAUUAUUGUCAAUAUCCAAGAAAAGCACCUUAAAGUCCAGCUAAACACUACACCAGACAAAAAGGUUUUGGUUGAUGGCGAGCUUCAAUGGCGAGUACAUGCAGAAGACUCAAUAUGGACUUUGUUCCCAGGAGAACAUAUUCAUAUAUCAUUGGAUAAAGUGGAAGAGAGAUGGUGGACAUGUGUUAUACUCGGUGACCAGGAGAUUGACAAGAGUAAAAUUGACACAACUCGAUAUAUUUCGGAAUUUGAUGAACAAACACAGACUGAUUAUGAGCGAGUGAUGUUCGAUCACAGGCAAAAGAUGAUGGGCAAACCAACCAGUCAGGAAAAGAAAAACGAGGAGUUGUUGAAGAAAGCCUGGAAUGCACCAAAUUCACCUUUUGCAGGAACUCCAUAUGAUCCUUCCAGGGUCAACAUGUCGGGUGGAAGCUUUUGAUUUUGAUUCCAAGUCAUAUGUCUACUAAGGCUUAAGAAUAUUUCUCUAACGUAACACCUCUGUAACUGUUGUGAGCAUUUAUUGGGUUAUAUCAAAGCAUAGAUAAUACAACCAAGACAAAACAUACAGGGCAUGCAUCCCCCUUAAAUGAGGAGCUGCACGUUUUGCAAUCAACUUCUUUAGUUUUUAUAGAUGAUCAAAAAGCCCACAAUUCAAAGCAAAUUGAUAUGUUCAUCCCUCUUUCAGUUCCUGGACAAACAUAAUUCACCAAACCUGAGAGGUGUCACCAUGUGACAUCUACCCCAACAUAAAGCAGCAUAUGGAAGGCUUGAUAAAUUAGACUGUAGGACUCUUUGGCAGAAGUGAAACUAACAUGUGCACAAUCACUUGGCCAAGUUAGUCUCCAAAAAUAAGGCAAAAGCUUGACUUUAAACAUACCAGAGUAUUGUGGUGGUCAAUAAAACUUGUGUAUUGACCUUCUUUUUACAUUCAGGUGCUCCCUUUGAAUCUUACACACUUCCUGUCACUGCUAUAUUUCCCAAAACACCAUCAUGAUGGCCAAAAAACCUGAUUGAUGAUUUUAGUUCAUUGUUUUGGUUCAUGCAUAUUUAUAAAUUUAUAUGGUUGUUUCCUAGAAACACUUUUAAGUUCAUGUUUGUGUUGAAAAAUUACUGAAGGUUAUAGUUUUAAAUAAAUUUGAAAAUUUCUACAAUAGACUA